AACGCAAGUUAGCGUAGUUUUGCACUUCCUGUUAGCCCGGGAAGGAUAGCGGACGAGCGGUCGAAGAAAUUACUGAUGUAUUUAUGCAAAAUCGCAGCAUAAUAAUUCAGGAACGUGCUACUCUGGAGCCGCUUUAGGUCCUUAUCUAGGAGACGAAAAUGAUCCGCUUCAUACUCAUCCAGAACCGAGCAGGAAAGACACGACUGGCCAAAUGGUACAUGCAGUUUGAUGAUGAUGAGAAACAGAAGUUGAUUGAGGAAGUUCAUGCUGUGGUCACUGUCAGGGACGCCAAGCACACCAACUUUGUGGAGUUCAGGAACUUCAAGAUCAUUUACAGGCGUUAUGCUGGUCUCUACUUCUGUAUUUGCGUGGACGUGACCGAUAACAACUUGGCAUACCUCGAGGGAAUCCAUAACUUUGUAGAGGUGCUGAAUGAGUAUUUCCACAACGUGUGUGAAUUGGACCUUGUGUUCAAUUUCUACAAGGUGUACACCGUGGUGGACGAGAUGUUCCUGGCGGGAGAAAUCAGGGAGACCAGUCAGACGAAGGUCCUCAAGCAGCUCCUCAUGCUCCAGUCGCUCGAGUAGAAACCCGACCCCCAUCCUUCCUACCUGCCCACUAAUCUGCUGCCCUGGUAUCUGUACCGUUCCCCGUCACUCUGGAAAACAUUUUCCUGCCUCUACGGAGCAGACUUCACUCCUUACAGAACUUCAGGAGGGGGCUGUUUUUAGAAAUAGAAAUACGCAAUAUUGUUUACAUAUGGAUGUGUAAUAAGGAAGUGUUGUCACGGCAGUCUAUAUGUUACAAUAUUCUGUGUUUGUUGUACUCCCAAUGAAGUCUCCCAGUAUUAAAAGGCUAUACAUUUCAACAUGUUAACAUUUCAUCUUGUUAACAUUUCAUAUAGCACCUAAGUUACAAUCUAACUUUAUAUUCUAUCCACUUUUUUUCAAUGCGAGCGGCUGCAGAAAGUAAUUAUUUCAUGAAGUAACCAGUUAGUCUGUGCAGUGGAUCCACCAGUGACACUGCUCUUUUCCCCCUUCCUCCUCCUCCUCCUCUUCCUCCUUUAUUAACCUCAACUUUCAUUUAAUGGCACUACUGUAACUAACAAGCACCAUGCAUAAAGAGCCUUGCAGCCAUUUCUAUAAAUCCAUGUAGAGGAAGACCUUGUCUGUGAUGUGGCAUUGUUACGCCAUCUGCUCAUUUUGUACCUGGAUCACAGUACAAGCUAACCACAACUAGAAAGCCCUUUAGAGCAAUUGACCCAACACAGCAAGUUGAUAAUUGAAUGGAGUGUACUUGGUAUGAGAGGCGUUUCGACGGCGUGUUAUGGCGACCUGCGCUGUGUCAGACGUCCUUAUGUCUGAUGAAGAUAAACAGCGGAGGUAGCGUUAGCUCGGGUGGCUGCAUAGCUUUCAUUUCAAACCAUCGAGACGUUCUGAUGCAACUCAUUACAUUAAAUGGUGCUUGUUGGUCACAUUUAAAACACUUAAACACAAACGCACUCAGACGGAAUAAAGACCUGGACGUAGAAAGUAUAUUUUACAUAAAGCAGUACUGUGAAGUUUGCUUCGUAUGGUGUGUACAUACCGUGUAUCUUGCGUAUGUUGAAUAUUGUGAACAUGCAUUCCAGAAAGAGCGCUUCUUGCUCUAUAUGAUCUGAGGAGUAUUUACUUGUGUAAGACCGAUAAAUUCCUUUGGCUGGCAUAUUAUAAAUACAUUGGCUUUUAAAUUACUCCUUCAAGCCUCAUGAACUUUAACAAAAAAAAUCCACUUUUAACAAUUUCCCUAUUGCUGGACUUUAAUGUUUAGGAAAUGACCUGUCCAUAUCCAGUCACAAAGGUGGUUUCAAAUGUUACUGUUGUUGAACUUUUGUAUUUUUUUUUUUUUUUUUAAAUGAUUGGCAAUUGUGAAAUAUGUACUGCUCCCCUUCUUGUCCACCUGUGUGAGUUUGUUGAUGGAAGAUGUGUGUGUGUAUGUAUUACUGUCUCUGAAUACCCACAUCAAUACGUCCCAUUAUAUGUAAAUAAUAAACAAAUAAACAGAUGAAGUGAUUCAUGAUUAUCAA